UGAGUGGAGUCGGUCAGAGGCUCACGUGGAAACGACAAAUCUUUUACAGGAGAAAGAAAAAAGCCGGAGAAGUUUUGAGGAUUUGUGAAGCUUUCUGCAGCUGAAACGUUGAAUUUAUUUCCCUCAUCACGAAACAUUGUUGGACUGGGAGCUGACUCCCCAGUCUGGUUCAAACUGGUUCUGCUGGUUCUGUAAGCUGCUUAUCUUCUGUCUCUGCUCUGAGUGUUUCUAUUCCAGUUUCCUUCCAUCUUUGGUCGGCUGCUCUCUCUCCUCUCUCUCUCUUUCCCUCUGACAUUCUCCCCUACCUCGCUCGCCCUGAGCCUGGCCGUUAUAAAACACCCAAGUCCUCCACCUCGUCCGUCCUCCGCUCUGCAGCAGUAUGGCUCCCAAGAAAGUCGAACCCAAAAAGACGGAGGUGAAGAAGGUGGAGGCGAAAAAGGAAGAGCCUCCUCCGCCUCCCAAACCUACAGAGCCGGAGUCCAAACCCCCGGAGGUGGACCUGAAGAGCAUCGUGGUGGAGUUCACUCCGGACCAGAUCGAAGAGUUCAGGGACGCCUUCACUCUGUUUGAUGAGACGCCCUCAGGCGAGAUGAAGAUCACCUACGCCCAGUGCGGAGACGUGAUGCGAGCACUUGGUCACAACCCGACCAAUGAGGAGGUGCUGAAGCUGCUGGGAAGGCCAAAGGCGGAGGAGCUGAAUGUCAAGCUGCUGGACUUCGACAGCUUCCUGCCCAUGUUGCAGCACGUGGCACGCUCCAAAGAGCAGGGCAACUUCGAGGACUUCGUGGAGGGCCUGAGGGUCUUCGACAAGGAGGGGAACGGCACGGUGAUGGGGGCCGAGCUCCGCCACGUCCUCGCCACGCUGGGAGAGAAGAUGACAGAGGAUGAGGUUGACCGGCUGAUGGUGGGACAGGAGGACGCCAACGGACACAUCAACUACACAGAGUUUGUCAAACACAUCCUGGCUGGGUAG